CCGCGGACUCAGUACGAGUUGUGGAGCCAGGCGGGCCGGGGAGCGCACGGGGCCGGAGUCUGCGAUCGCUGCGCGCAGUUCUAUUCGUCUCGCCAGCGCUCCGCGCACGGAGCUGCCAGGGGAAAGCAGCACAGCUCGGCUCGGGGAGCCUAUGGCCCUUGGGGUAGAGCCGGCUCGCCCCUGAUCGCCGGCACCCCGCAACGGGGGGCGCACGGGAAUGGCGCGGGGACUGUGCCGCAGGGCACCCUGCUGAGAUGCUCUUGGGCUGGCGCUAGGGUCCUGCUCUCCUCCGGGCUGGGGCUGUCCCUGGAUCGGUGCCGGCUCCACGCCCGCAGCUCGCUGCAGCUGGGAGCCCCGCGCGUCCACGCUGCCCCGUCGGGGGGCUCAAACCCCGGAGUCGUCCGAAGAGGCUUCCCAAGGACUCUGCCUAGACUUAGACCCACCCCACCAUGCCCCUCCUUGGCGUCAUCCUCUGGGUCACUCUGCUGACGCUGGGCUGGCGGGCGGCCCACGCCAAGGACUACGUCUUUGCCACACCGAGGGUGCAGCUCUCCUUCAAAGAGCUGAAGGCCACCAGCACUGCUCACUUCUUCAACUUCCUGCUCAACUCCACGGACUACCGCAUCCUGCUGAAGGACGAGGACCAUGACCGCAUGUACGUGGGCAGCAAGGACUACAUCCUCUCGCUGGACUUGCACGACAUCAACCGAGAGCCCCUCAUCAUUCACUGGCCCGCAUCCCAGCAGCGGAUCGACGAGUGCAUCUUGUCGGGGAAGAACAACGACGGCGAAUGUGGCAACUUCAUCCGCCUGAUCCAGCCCUGGAACCGGACCCACCUGUACGUCUGUGGCACUGGCGCCUACAACCCCAUCUGCACCUUUGUCAACAGGGGGCGCAAAGCACAGGCCUUUGCGCUGACCCAAAGCGUCCAGCCGGGAGGACGGGGAAGCCGAGCUGCAGACUCCUCCCACAGCCCGACACCAGCAGAACGCAAGGAUUAUAUCUUCUACCUGGAGCCGGAGAAGCUGGAAUCAGGGAAAGGGAAGUGCUCCUAUGACCCCAAGGUGGACAGCGUCUCAGCCUUGAUAAAUGAGGAGCUCUAUGCUGGCGUCUACAUUGACUUCAUGGGCACGGAUGCGGCCAUCUUCCGCACCAUGGGCAAGCAGACAGCCAUGAGGACUGACCAGUACAACUCCCGCUGGCUGAACGACCCAGCGUUUGUUCACGCCCAGCUCAUCCCGGACAGCGCCGAGAGGAAUGACGACAAGCUUUACUUCUUCUUCCGGGAGAAAUCAGCUGAUGCCCCGCAGAGCCCUGCUGUCUACUCCCGCAUCGGGCGCAUCUGCUUGAAUGACGACGGAGGUCACUGCUGCCUUGUCAAUAAAUGGAGCACGUUCCUGAAAGCCCGGCUCAUCUGCUCCGUGCCGGGGCCUGACGGGAUCGAAACGCACUUUGAUGAACUCCAGGACGUGUUCAUCCAGCAGACCCAGGACGGGAAGAACCCCAUCAUCUACGCCGUGUUCGCUGCCUCUGGGUCCGUGUUCAAAGGCUCCGCUGUGUGUGUGUACUCCAUGGCCGACAUCCGCAUGGUCUUCAACGGGCCUUUCGCCCACAAGGAGGGACCCAACUACCAGUGGAUGCCAUACACGGGCAAAAUGCCCUAUCCACGCCCGGGCACCUGCCCAGGAGGCACCUUCACCCCCUCCAUGAAGUCGACCAAGGAUUAUCCAGACGAGGUGAUCAACUUCAUGCGCUCACACCCGCUGAUGUACCAUGCCGUGUACCCCGUGCACCGCCAGCCGCUGGUGGUGCGCAGCAACGUGCACUACAAGUUCACCACUGUGGCCGUGGACCAGGUGGACGCAGCCGACGGGCGCUAUGAGGUGCUUUUCCUGGGCACAGAUCGCGGCACAGUCCAGAAGGUGAUCGUCCUCCCCAAGGAUGACCUGGAGACCGAGGAGCUGAUGCUGGAGGAGGUGGAAGUGUUCAAGGUUCCAGCCCCCAUCAAGACCAUGACCAUCUCCUCCAAGAGGCAACAGCUGUACGUGGCCUCGGCCAUAGGAGUGACCCACCUGGCCCUGCACCGCUGCGACGUGUAUGGGGAGGCCUGUGCCGACUGCUGCCUGGCCAGGGACCCCUACUGCGCCUGGGACGGCAAGGCCUGCUCCCGCUACUCAGCAUCCUCCAAGAGGCGGAGCAGGCGCCAGGAUGUCCGGCACGGUAACCCCAUCCGCCAGUGCCGGGGCUACAACUCCAACGCCAACAAGAACACGGUGGAGGCCGUUCAGUACGGGGUGGAGGGCAGCACGGCCUUCCUGGAGUGCCAGCCCCGCUCCCCGCAGGCCACCGUCAAGUGGCUGCUCCAGAAGGACAACAGCGACCGGCGGAAAGAGCUGCGCAUGGAGGGCCGGGUGCUGCGGACAGACCAGGGACUGCUUCUGCGCUCCCUGCAGCUCUCAGACAGCGGUCUCUACUCCUGCACGGCCACCGAGAACAACUUCAAGCACACGGUGGCCAAGGUGCAGCUGCACGUGCUGAGCAGCGAGACCGUGCACAGCGUGCUCUUCCAGUCAGAGGCACCCGCCCUGCAGGCUGACGGUGACAUCUCAACCUCCGCGCUGGGCAUGCGGGCUGGCCUCCCUGGUGCCUCCGGCCCCCACUACCAGGACCUGGUGCAGCUCCUCACCCAACCUGAAAUGGGACUCAUCAACCAGUACUGCCAGGGCUACUGGCGGCAUGCAGCCUCCAGCCACAAGGAGGCAUUGGCCAGCCUCAAAGCCAAGGAGCUGCAGGACGAGAAGAAGCCUCGAAACCGCCGGAAUCACCAGCCAGACGUGGACCAGCUCACAUGAAACCGCCGCCAGGGACUUUGUAAUAACAGUGCUAUAUUUUUCCCCCCUUUUAAUAUUAAAAAUAUCUAUAAAUAUA